GUGUCGGAAUGUUUGCUAAUACCACGUACUUUGUCCCUGCGGUGAUCAUUUUCCUCUAGACAAAAGGGUGAAAUCAAACAGUGAAACAGCAGUUAUAACUGACCAAUCACCGUUUAUCUUCCAAAGGUGUGGCACAUAGAAAUCCGGGAAAGGUUGCAUAUAUAGGUUUGAAGAGUUUCCGCAGAAAUUAUUAAGCGACCACUCAAAGCUAUUUAAAUGUUGUGGAUGUCGAUGACUUACCAAUGCUGCUAGUCAUGGCAUCUCAUCUGGUUACUGUCCUUUUACUUUUAUUCAUCAUCGACAUUCAUGUUUCGUUUGCUCAAGUGACAGUGAACGUUGCUGGAUUGGGAGAGGUCGAAGGGAACAGUUAUGACUUUGACGGCAACGCAAUGGAAGAAUUCAUGGGUGUUCCUUACGCAGAACCCCCAGUGGGAGAAUUUCGAUUUGCUCGUCCACGACCCAAGCUUCCUUGGGACGGAACACUGGAUGCAACGACUUUUGGCGCUGCCUGUCCACAAUCACCAGUGGAAGAUCUUGAUGAUCUGUUGAUAAGCGAAGACUGUCUCUUCUUGAACAUCUUUGUACCACCAGCAGCAACUGAAGAUAACAAACUGCCUGUCAUGUUGUUCAUACCAGGUCGAGGGUACCGAGCUUAUUCGGGAUCGGAGUACAUCGGGAGGGAUAUGGCCGUCAAAGGUUCCAUCAUCGUCGUCACCAUCAACUACAGAUUCCUCACAUUCGGCUUCUUCAGCACGGAGGAUGACACGGUACCGGGGAACUACGGACUCUGGGAUCAAAGAUUUGCCAUACAGUGGGUGCGGGAUAACAUCGGAGCUUUCAAUGGUGACGGGAGUAUGAUUACCAUUGUUGGCCAAGGGCGUGAGGGAGCUACAGGAGUUGUAGCUCAGAUUCUUACUCCUUUAAACGAUAAUAACCUAUUCCAAAGAGCUAUUAUCCAGAGCAGCACAUCAACCGAUGCUUCCUAUAUCAGUUCCGAGGGUCAGGCUAGGAGGUUGUCCAAUAUCGUCAUUAAUACCCUGAACUGCACUGAAGGAUCAUGGACAAAAAAUCUAGCUUGUCUUCGGAAUAAAACAUGGGAAGAAAUCGUAGCUGUCGAUUACACCGCUCUCGGGGGUGCUUACUUUGAACCACGGAUUGAUGGGCUCUUCUUUCCACGUACCCUCGAUAAUCUACAAGAUAUGGAUCUUUUACACCAAUAUGACAUUCUGAUGGGAGUCAACAGUGACGAAGGGGCAGCGCUCUUAAAUGGGUACGUCGAUGUCAAUGAGGCAUUUCAGACUGUCCAGGAUGUAUCGAACUUUGUUUACUACGAUACUAGGCAGAGGUAUAGAACUGAUGACCAGGCAUUACUUACAAUGGAGGCCAUCGAUUACAGGUACGAUGGCCCUCUUCUAGAUCUCCCAGAUACGCAAAGCGCAAUACGCUUUAUGUUUAAAAUGUACGCUGACCGGUCCUACCUUUCUAAAACCAUUCAACUCUUGCGCAAUCACCAGAGGAGCACCGAAACAAAUGCAUAUCUGUAUUACUUUGACUACGUGGACACAAACUAUAGACUGAUAGAUGACCCUCUCCGGGAUCCAAACAGGGCAGUUCAGGGCGAGGAAUUGUUCUACCUCUGGGAUUCGAUUUUCGGCAGAGAGACGGCUUUGAAUGCUCCUCCUGGAAGUACGUCCGAGUCAGUUCGUGAUGUUAUGAUUCAAUAUUGGACCAACUUCGUAAAAAAUGGAGAUCCAAAUACUAACAAUCGGCCCCAAGCUUGGCCCGAGUUUAGCGAUGAUACCUCUGAGAGUUAUCUCGUGAUCUCUGACACGAUUGAAACGGGUGUGACACUAAGGAACGAGUAUGUCGACUUUUGGUUGGACUAUAUUCCAGAGCUAACCCGCAACGAUGAAGCCGAAACGUGCUCUUUGGCUGCACAACCUUCAGAUAUCUUACUUGGUGCUGAACCAGAAACAAGUAAUCUCGUGAUUGUCAAUGUCACGAGUGGAAACUCUGAAUUGGGGCAGGUUCGAGGCGUCCUACGCAAAGCAGACGGUGGUGUUGGUGAUCGGGAAAUAGGAGUUUUCCGAGGUAUUCCCUAUACUUUGGCACCAGUUGGCGAAAGGCGGUUCCAGUAUUCUGAAGUCCUUACUGAUUGGGGCCAAAAUAGUAUCCUAAAUGCGACGGAACCGACAGCAGCUUGUCCUCAGGCCCCGCCCCCUAUUCUUGGAGCUUCUGAAUACAGCGAGGACUGCUUGCAUCUCAAUAUAUUCGCACCUGUGGUAGAGGACACCAGACAAGGUAGUCUUCCUGUCAUAGUUUACAUUCACUCUGGUCAGUUCCGCUCCGGCAACGGUGUUGUCUUUGAUGGAAGUACUCUUGCUUCUUAUGCUGAGGCGAUAGUGGUCACUCUAAACUACCGGAUUGGAGCACUGGGUUUUUUCUCAACAGGUGACGAAGUCGCCCCUGGCAACUACGGUAUUAUGGACGUUGUUACAGCUCUGAGGUGGAUUCAACGAUACAUCGGCAGUUUCGGCGGGAACGCUGGAAAUGUCACUGCAUUUGGAAUGGGUUCUGGUGCUCAAGUAGCUCACCUGAUUUCAUUAAACGGACUCAAUGAUGGACUCAUGCAUAAAAUAAUCGCGCUUGGCGACUCUGUUUUAUCGCCCACUAUGUUGACAGUGGUGGAACGAGAUCCACUCCCGUUUGCUGUCCAGCUCGCGACUGCCCUAGUUUGCCCCUCAGAAACGACCACUGAGCUAGUCGCAUGCCUUCGAACCAAAUCAGCUGCAGAAAUCCGACAGGCUCCUGUAGGAGGAAGCAACCUAUUUUUAACUUCGUUUGCCCCUGUAAUAGACGGAACGUACCUUAAAGACUCCGCCGAUAAGAUUUUAGCCUCGGGUAACUACGAAACAAUCCCCAUACUCGCAGGAGCAAGUGAAUGCGACAAUACCAUCAUCACUGCUCAAUACCUUAACGAAUCUGUUUCUGAUGGGUGCCCAGAUGAACGCUUUGCAGGUGCUAUCAUCGAUAACGCUGUAGAUAUUUUCUACGAAGGCAGGGACGAGUUCGCCUCCCUGUUUAAGAUGUUCUAUCUACAAAGUGAGCUCUCCCCGACUGUACCGAAUCCAGACUGCAAAGUUGGACAACAGAUCAGUGAGUUCCUGAGCGAUAUCUGGCUUAACGUCCCUCUGAUGGAGACGGGGAAACUGAUGGCGAAAUUUGACAAGGAGAUGUAUCUGUAUUCCUUGACCUUUCAUGCCGACAACCAUAUCUAUCAACCGUUCCUACCACCAUGGGUAAGGACGUCAUUCGGUGAUGACUUCCCCUUUGCCUUCGGUUGGCCAUAUGAUAGCCAGAGGAUCCUUCAGAGUAGCUAUGGUUACAGCCCGGUCGACAGGAAAGUUGCCACCAACUUCAUGGAAAUGAUCUCAACGUUUGCAAAGUCAGGUGUUCCAUCUGCCAAUCCUACUGACCCCGAUUCAGCAUGGCAACCUUAUGACCCACUCCGAUACAAUGCUCUUCAGCUGGACUCCUGUCCAACCGAAGCACCCAUUCCACGCGCCGAGGAGAAAGACGUCUUCUGGUACACUGUCAUAUCUGGCUUGAAGGAGACGCUCAUUGACGACGAAGUUGAAGAUCCGACUCCGACAGUUUUCGUUAAUAGUUUCAUUGGCUUGAAAAUGACGGUGGCACGAGCAGGUCGUACCAUCGGUGCACUGGUGAUCACGCUGGGGGCCAUUGCUGGCUUAAUAUUCCUUGCGAUCUUGAUGAAACUAUGCUUGGUCUUUAAUCGUUCAAACAAUAAACCAGUCUAACAUGUGUAUAAUAAUUAUAAUGACCAUCUCUGCCACCUGGCAUCGUGCGAUCAAUUCAAACCUUAAGAAUGAGCAUACACAGUGCUAUCUCUAAUUAGUUUAGAUAAAAUUACAUCUGACAUGAGAGUCCCCAUUAAUCCUCCUACACAUACAAGAAAUAUGUCCCGUUAAAUCCGUUUGAUCAGGCGUCAGCAAUAGGGAAUUUUUGCAACAGCCACGCGCACGCUUUCUAGAACUUAAACAGAUCUUUCAUGCCAAUGAAGACUUUGUCGAGGUUCGGUGAAACAGACGUGAAACAGACGUUGCGUCCGUGACUCUAGACAAACCAGAUAUUUGCAAUUUGUCGUCAGCUCCGAAACAUCAGACGAAAUUACUGUUCCGAUUCACCAAUUUUCGACAAAGACCUCCCAGGUUUUCAAUGUGAUUUGCUUUGCAUUUUCAAUGCAUUUGCUGCGUCCUAGGAGUGAUCAUGCGUCGCAGUGCGAAUACUCCUUAAACGCAGGACAAGACGCGGAAUUCAAAAUUAUUAAUAUGCGUUCACUUCGCAACCUGUUCUGGUAUUCUUGAAAGAUUCUGCACAGUGUUUACUCAUUUUUUUUACACUCGGGGCGUUUGGGUUAGCAAAAACUGUCCGCAUCUAAACUUUAAUCCAAGAAUGUACUAUGUGAUGUUCCUGAGUGCAAAUAGUUUUAGCCAGUUCCGAGAAUGGGUCAUUGUAUAUUUGUUUUAUAUCCCUUCAACUCAUAUAUAUUCUUCAUACGAUAUUCUUCGUUGAUACCCGACUUUUACAGCAAAACGAUUUUUAAUAAGUCGAUGAUGGAACAAUCGUUGAGAAGUUGAGAAAACAAUAAGCCUUGCCGUAUUGAUCGUCUGGUCAGCGAGCGCACCUGGUUAUAGUGCAGCUCGCCGAAAGGUCCCCGUGGCAUGCAGUAGAGAGUGCCGUUAGGCUGAGCAGCGCUCUGCUCGCAUCGCGCCGCACGGCUCGCGAAUCGAGUAGGGGGCGGGGUCAAAAAACGUAUAGUUCACUUUUUCCCUAGGGAAAAAAUGGACUAUGCGUGACGUCAGCAAGGAAAAUGAACUAUUUCAUGGCAAACGUUUUUCGUAGUAAAACUAUUAUUUUUCUCCUUGUGUACACUCUCAAUACAACAAUCUUAAGUAAGGGAUAUAAUCAUCAAUAUGUAAGCUCCAUCUUUC